AUGGAGGAACCUGCGACAAGGCAAUUUGAGAUGUCCCUGUCGGACGGGACCUCGGAUGAGGAUAUGCCCUUAACGUUACCCGCAGAGGGCAGCCACAGUGGGAGCAUCCGAAAGGGAUGUGAUCCUUUCGCUCAGACUCAGCGCAGUAAACUGCAGCACCGGCGUGCUCGCAUCAACCAGCAGAUCAACAAGGAGAUGCGCAUGAGAGCCGGCGCAGAGAACCUCUUCAGGGCAACGAGCAACAACAAGGUGAAAGAGACGGUGGCUCUGGAGCUCAGCUUCGUUAACUCCAACCUGCAGCUGCUCAAGGAGGAGCUGGAGGAACUCAACAGCAACAUGGAGGUCUACCAGACAGACAGCGAGGCUGUCAACGUCCCCAUGAUCCCACUGGGAUUAAAAGAAACCAAAGAGGUGGACUUCACAGUUUCUAUCCAGGACUUCAUCUGUGAGCACUACGGGGAGGACAGCUCUCUCUACGACAAGGAGAUCAAGGAGCUUAUGGAGCUCAGACAGGCCAUGCGUACACCCAGUCGAAACCAGGCCGGCCUGGAGCUUCUGAUGGAGUAUUACAACCAGAUGUACUACCUGGAUCAGCGCUUCUUCCCCCUACACAGGAACCUGGGCGUGCACUUCCACUGGUACGACUCUCUGACAGGUGUCCCGUCAUGUCAGCGUACGUUGGCCUUUGAGAAAGGAAGUGUGUUGUUCAACAUUGGUGCUCUGUACACGCAGAUUGGAGCACGGCAGGACCGCUCUGCAACAGCUGGCAUAGACAAAGCUAUAGAUGCCUUUCAAAGAGCUGCAGGUGCAUUUAAUUACCUGAAGGAGAAUUUCUCCAAUGCUCCUAGUCUGGACAUGAGUAGUCCGUCACUCUGCAUGCUGGUACGGCUGAUGGUUGCCCAGGUGCAGGAGUGUGUGUUUGAACGUGUCACACUGACCACACAGGACACACACUUCACUUCCCAACUGCGCCUGGCACAGGAGGCUGCACGGGUGUCAGACGUCUACUUGUUAGUGCAACAGACCAUGACGCAGCCUCUGAUGAAGGACUACGUGCCGUUUUCUUGGGCGUCCAUGGUUCAGGUCAAAUCUGAACACUUUCGUGCCCUCUCACACUACUACACUGCUGUUGCACUCUGUGACCACACGUUGUCUGCUGAGGAAGAGGAGGAGGAGGGUGAUGAGGAAGCAGAGAAGGCUUUCCUCCAGUUCUACAUCAAUGUUCCUGCAGUGCCACCCCUCAGCCAGGUUUUACGAGACCCUGAAAGAAGAAGAAAGCUUGGUAAGGCUCACCUGCGACGUGCAGUAAUCAGACAUGAGGAGGCCAUGCGUGUCCACAGUCUGUGUAAGAUCCUCAGGAAGAUGGACAUCCUGCAGGACGUGCUGUCUCUCACACACAAACGCUCUUUGGACAAGUACUCAGAGCUGGACAGAGAGGAUGACUUUGAUGAAACCGCAGAGGCUCCAGAGAUACAGUCUCAAACCCAUCAGAAACCAGACAUCACUCCACCCAACUUCUCCACAGUCCAAGUGACUGAUAUCUUCCAGAGACUGGGGCCUCUCACGGUGUUUUGUGCACGGGCUCGCUGGGGUCCGGUACGUGUGAUCAGCCUUCAAAGGAGAGAUGGUGGGCUGGGUCUCACACUGAGAGGAGACUCCCCCGUCCUGGUGGCUGGAGUGGUGCCUGGAGGCUGUGCUGCGGAGGCGGGACUAAGGGAAGGAGACUACAUAGUAGCAGUGGACGGACAGGACUGUAAAUGGGCUAAACAUGGCGAGGUGGUCCACAUGCUAAAGAGCUGUAGUGACAGAGGAGUGGACCUCAGCGUGGUCACAUUACACUCACAUGAUACACAGGUGGAGAAGAGGGCCAUCAUGCUGUCCCACGGCAGCGAUAAAGAAAACUCUCGGCAGCGUCUGCUGGGUGGAGCUAAAGGCCAGAGCUCCGCCUCCUUGUUGAACUGGAACAGGAAGAAGAAGAGGGAAGGCAGCGGGGUCACUAAGAGACUAGGAAGCACUUUCAGUUUGUCAUUUGGAAGCAUCCGAGACACUGAGGCCAUGUACUGAGACAGGACUGUAAAGCAACCACUCAGGGAAGGACAGCAGUGGAGCACAUGGUAAGAUUAGGGCUGCAUGUAGAACGACAGUAACUCUGAACCAGAAAACAUCAGCAGGGGAUGCUGCCACAGAGAGCUCUGACAAAAAAAGCACAAUCUUAGCCCAGUAAAAAAAUGUGCUACAGCACAGUCCAAUGGAUCUGGCAACUUUGUUGACCAGUCAAGUAUGUGGAAGCACACAUGCAGGUAAGACACCUUGUAACAUGUAGCAUUUAGCUUUUUGCUCAUUUUUACCUUGCAAGAAGAAGAGGGAGGAGCUUGUUAUUGCUGCCAUGAAAAUUUCCCUCAGUUGUACAAUCCUGCCUCUGGAGUGUGAUGUACUGCACUCUGAAGGUGUGCUGAGACAGAACACAAGGAAAAUAUUAGAUGGACAGUGCAUAUAAAAUCAGAAAGAUGCAGGUUGGUGAGAAUAGAUAUAAUUUACCCAGAGUGGUGCGAACCACUGCUAAGACAUGCUCAUAUGAACUGACAUUAUUUGAACUCAUUAUCUCUGGUAUUGCACCAACAUCAGGUCCCAUCGCUGGUUUGUGGUUAUGUCACUGCGAGACUCAGUUUGGGAAGCUUACAUUCUGCCAUCUUGAUGCUCCUGCUUUGCUCUGUGUACAAUGAUGCAGCUAGAAUUAAGUAAAAAAGAAACGCAGUGAUUCAACCAACAAAAUGCGAGGUGACUCGGGUGAGUUUGGCCGAUGCUGGUGGUUGACAGUCAUCAACCACUGAGCCCUCUACCAUCAUGACGUCGCGAUCACACACACUAACACACACAGACAGGGUCUAAAAUUAACAACCUCCAAGGCUAAGUAUGAGUGGAUUUUCAGAUAGCUGAGUAAAAUCUUGUUACCGACCAAAACUUUGCAACUAAAAAGCCAGUAGGAGUAAUUUAUCCAAACAUUUAGUGCUAUUGAACAGAAAAAAAUGAAACAAGGGUUUGUUUUAGCUAAAAUAGCUGCUUGAUAGCUCCUUGCGCCUGAAGGAAAAACAGCCUUUUUAUUGAGGUUUAUUUACGCCCAGUUAAAGCAUGUUCUACUUCAGAUAAAAGUCUAAAAGUGAUUUUAAAUCUACCCGGUUUGGGCCUACCUUAUCAAAUCAGGGUUGAGUCUUCAGAAUUGAGGAUUACAACUCACCUACAGAGCAAACUAGUACGAAAAACAAAAGUGCUCCACCUGUUUUAAACAAAUAAUACUUUGUCAAAUCAAUAUUAACCCUUUUUUUCACCACCUCUCACUUUGAUUAACUGAGAAUAUUUCAUGUUUAGAAAAAAUAUAAUCAACAAAUUAUAAAUAUUGUAAUAAUGAAGUUAAAC